AUGGCAUGGGCUAUACAACUGUAUUACGCUGACAAAUGUACUGUAUACUGUCAGGCAAUAGAACACCAGCUGAAGAUCUGUGGCGUUAAGAGGAAUGUGGAUGUCUUAGUAUUGUAUCUGGCUGGACAAGGACUAAGAAGUAUCCCAAGUCUAUCACAGUUUCAUAGGUUAAGGUAUUUGUGGAUUAACAACAAUAAGAUCCAGGAUUUAACUUUCUUGAUCAAAAACUAUUGCUUGACUGAACUCUAUCUCAACAAUAAUGAACUGACAGAUAUAUCAGGUGCUCUGAAACACUUAUGUGCGUUACAGAUUCUGUUGCUUCACAACAACCAGUUAAAAAAACUUGAUAAAACAGUGAAGGAAUUGAAAGGAAUGAUAAGCUUGCAGACCCUAACAGUUACACAAAGAGAAAGGGAGUCUGCGCUUCAUCUUUAUAACCGCGAAAGGUCUUGUGUUGUGCAGUCAAUAGCUUUUGGAAAGAGAGUAAAUACACCCCUGGGGACUGCAGUGGGAUCUAGCAGAUGCACUCAACCAGCCAGAAGACUGAUGAUGCCCUCAGGUUAUGAAUUUGGAAAUCACACAAAUAAAAUACCAUCUGAGAACCCCGAAGAUGCCGUUUUACUACGGGCAAUGACAAGAUCUCUAAUGGAAUUUUCCUCUGUUGACUGGAACAAAGUAGCCACCUGUCGAGAAAGACGGCUGGAAAACAAAGUAGAAGAACCCCAUGAGAAGCUGACAGUCCAAUUUAGAUGA